GUGGGCGCACUGGUACUCGACACUCGACACUGGGCACUCGGCACUCCGCUGUACAGGUUCCCAGGAGAUUUCCAAUAGGUUCUCAAGAGGUUCCCGAGAGGUUCCCGAGAGGUUCCCAAGAGACGAAGUCACCCCUGGCGAUGGAAGGUCCGCGCGUUCUUAGGGAGCGAUCAAUCCCUGUGGCGAACUGCGGCCACGGUUCCGCGGCGUGCACCGAUCGCAUCAAACCUCGCACUGUGAAUACGACACAUUAUUAACCGAAUAACGCGAGGCUCGUUCGCGCGCACCAGAGAGAAAAGUUGUGCGGUGCGGUAAAUAUAUCCCUCUAUCGGGCAGAGCGAAACCACGCCUACCGCAGACGUCAAUAGGCAGUGUCGGAGAGAGGAGAUUCCGGGGCCCCGACCGACGCAACGCGUCCUCCACACCUCCGCCCAAAGGAAUUCGACGACCGGCUUCCCAAGCUUACAACCUACUCUACUCUAAAUACUCCACCGUCGAGUCCAUUGUGACGAGCCUCCACGGAAGACUAAAUUCAAGACAAUUAAUUAUUCUUAAGCGUCGAACGUAGAUCCUGCUGUAUACUCCAACAAACCUGGAACGAGACGAAUCCUUUCACAGCAUCAAACAGUUUAAAUCAACCGCCACAGUACAACAGCCCUUCAAGCCCAUCUGGAUGUCUUGAUCACUAAGCGAAAUAUCCAAUUCGUUUCAAAGAUCGAUUUCAUUGUAAAUUAAUUAAGCGCCAACUCGAUUGUUCCCGAAAAAAAUUGCGAAGCGGUUCGUAACAACGUUUAGUCGGAUUAUAUUUUGGUCAAGCUUGAUCGCUCGAAGAAACUGCAAUUUCUUCUAUUAUUUUAACUCGCUUGAGCAUGCCAGUUUGCAGACUGGAUUCUAAUCAUUUCUACAUCAUGUAAUCGUUAAAGCAGCUUUCCAGAGCGGGUCGAGAAAAUGUUUGCGACGGUAAAACUAGCUGCUUCGAGGCUUCGUCUAAAGAGAAAUAUGUAGCCGCCGACUCGGUUAAAUAGGAUUUCGCGUUCCCCGCGGGCCCGUUGCUUGGCGAACCAUGUAGCCCAGUUAUCGGGAAUUACUAAAAGCGUCACGAUAAUGAACAGGACGGAAGUGUUGCGCAGAUAAGGGCACGUGUGCGCGUGCGACACGAUGCUGUAUAUACGCGUCGACGGAAACCUGUAACUCAAUAGCUGGAGACCACUCGAGACACACCUUGUAAAAUUGCUACAAGCGAGAAGACUGCACAAGCCCGAUGCGUUUGAACGAUAAAAUUCAAGAACAAUGAGAUCUAAUGGUAUACGCCGAGGGCAGGAAAAUUCAAAGAAACCAGGCGUGCCAACCGCGGGGGAGGUUUAAAUAGAGUAUUUUCGGAAAAACGAGACGACGAAGUUCGUCGUCCUCUCGGCUGGUACGCUCCUGGGAAGCGUUGUCGGAAACGAUGUUCCAGCUGCGCAUGAGAAGGGCGAAACGCACGCGCUCUUCUGUUCCGUUUACCAUUACACCUUGCAUUUGUUUUUUCGGCAAGAUCAAAUCUGGUUCGGCGGUCGGGUACGACGACGUUGACGGUGUGCGAUCGUCGUCGUGACGCCAUAGAGAUAUCGAUGAUAAGCGGAGUAUCGGGGAGCGACCCUUUGUGGUUUCUUGUGUGGUCGAUCGCCGCGGAUCCACCCUCGAUCGUCUUCCGAUCCAGCCAAAGACAUCUGGAGUGCGGCUCGGUUUUCCGGCGUGCACUUGCGUGUAUUCGCGAGUACUCGCGUGCUCCGCCCGCUGGGUGCAUCGCCGCGACCGGUUUGUCUCUUGUAAACCGAUAUCGCGUCGGUUUCGCGCGGGUGUCGCAGUCGAAACGCGAUAGAUACCAUAAAGCACCGUGUCAGCCGGAACGUGGAACCUAGAGAAGGUUGUCUCCGUACCGAGAACAUUCUUGGUUCCCUUGUUCCUCUAUCCGUGCUAUCGACGAGCUAUCAAAUCGUUGAUAAGCAUUAUCGACGAUCCAGAUCGCGGUGCCCCUUGGUCACGAAAUCAAAUCCGUGUCCCGCGGAUAAUUAUGACUCGUUGUACUAGAUACUCGGUCCCUAUAUCUCGCAUCUUGUGAUCGAAUCAAACUCAUCAAACCGUUCGCCAUCCCGUGGAACCUUGGCGAAUCUGUCCCUCGGGAUCGAUGACCAGGAUUCGCGGUUGCGCGCGAUCCUGCUCGGAAACGCGAACGAAAACGCGGACGAAAACCGCACGUUCGGCUGCUGGUCGUUCAUCGACACAGGGCUCGCUCCACCAUGGACUCAACCAUGCUCCCGAUUAUGGUGUUGUCUCUGUUAAUGGAGUUCGCCGGCGCUGAGAACAUUCUGAUCACCGAGGUGUUCGUGAUCCCCAUCAGACCGGAGACGUUCGAGUGGAGCAACGCCGACGGACGAGCCGAUCAAUUCUCGUAUCAACCUUCUUUGUUGAACGCGCCUGAUCUUCCCUCCUGGAUCCAUUACAGGUACAGCAAGAGGGAUCAUCGGGGAUUUUUGUAUGGAGUCGCGUCCAAGGAUCAGAAAUACUUUCAGUUAGGGAUCGUGGGCCUGAACAAGCAUACGUACGAGACCAGAUACAAGAUCCUGGAUAUGAACGUGCUAGAGAAGGAGAACCUGACCAAGUACGAGGUCCAUCUGAAAAUCGAUAAUUUGAACGUGGAGGAUAUGUUCGAUCGCAACAGGACCGUGGAGCUCCUUGAUAUAUUUAGGAAAAAGCUGUGGAAAGAAGCCACCGAUUUGUACGUAACUUUCCUCGCCUCUGCGAUCGAAUUGGGCGCGCGUCUACCCUUGAAACCCAGCGAAGGCGAAGGGGUGGUGAUGAGGCUGGGCAGCUCGGUGCCGUUCUCGCAGGAGCUGAACGAACUGCAAGAGGAGGUGAAGCCCCUAUGGAGGAAGCUGUCGUCCUGUCCUCGUGAUUUUAAACGCACAAGUGUCGAGAGACUGUUCAGGGAAUCACGAUUCGCUCUGGACUGGUGUUCCUUCAGAUUGGUAGAGCAAGAGCAGCAAAGCCUGCAGCACGAGAGCGCUAGACGAGGACCUAGCAUGAACGUAAUCGGAGCGGACGUCUUCGAGCACUCGGAGUGGCGAUGGGCUAGGUCAACGAAGGCCAGCAUCCCAACUAGAAGUUACUUCAAAGAGAUCGCGACGACAAUCUUUGUGCCUACCGCUCUGCUGCUCGUGCUAGCCGCGUUGCUCAGCACGGUAUUGUGCUUGAACCACGAAAAAAUGGACGAUCCUGAAUCUGAGGAAUACUUCGACCAGUUGUUUAACGUUUGCCUCGGCGAAAGGCGGAGAACAGCCAGAGGGGAGGAGAGGGAAAUCAGAUCCGAAGGAAUUGGCAGCAACAACAUACAAAUGGUCCAGUACGCUGCCACCGAAAGAGGAACUUUGAAGUCUCUCGCAGUCCAACCGUCCAGUCCCAACGACUCUUUGAUGAGAAGCCCUAGGAUCUCCAACGAACGGUGCAACCCGUACAUUCGACCAAAUCCGCCGCCCUACACAGGUCCAAGCAAUUUAACUGGAAUUCGAGCAGAUUUCUGACUACACGAGGAGCCAGCCAAGACGUGGUUUUGUUGAGCGAAAAAGUUAGCUCCGCUAUCUAUCCGCUGCGAAUCGCAAAAUUGUCAAAACUGGCUCCGCAUUGUUCGUUAACACUUCAAGAUUACUAAUCUUUGGUAAUUGAUUAGUUCUGACAACUGUAAAAAACGAUGCUUAACGUUACGUAGUGCUGCAAAUAGCCCUUUUUAUACUAUGACCUGUGUCGAAACAGUGGCGACGGUUAUUACCGUGUAGGUAUAAUGCAACUUAUUCACAACGAAAAUACGUACGUGUUGUUUAGUGGUUUUCUCGAAGGUAUGUAAGGAUGUAGCGUGACGUCUCUGUUCCUUUCUGUAGUUAUUUCUUAAUUACGACAUACCAAAGUACAUACGAAUCGCAGAAAUUACGAAUGCACGUUGAUUAUACGUAAUGAUAGUAUCGACAUAUUUAUGUGCAAUAAUACGCGAUAAACGAUACCUACACAUCUGUAAAUUACAUAAUUGUGUACAAUUACCUAACUUUUAAUAAAUUAAAACAAAUUGUAA